CAAAGAGACCAAAGGCCCCAUCUUGCACUCCUGCCAAGAACAGAGUAGGUGAAGUGCACAAAGGGAUAGGCACAUGAGGUCCUCAACCCUUCACUAGCUCAGUCUCCAACCAGGGAGCAGUCAUAUUGUCACACUUAGCCUUUGUGUUUUGGCGUCGCCUAUUUUUGUCACCUUCGGGGGAGGAUGCUGUUUGAUCAUGACAUAAUGGAUCCCACGGUGGCUGAAUUGGUCGAGCGAUGGAGCUCGCUGUACAAAGAGGGCCGGUUCUCCGCCCUCAACGUACGAGAGUAUUGGCGUGUGAAAGUCCCGGAAAUAUACUCACCACAGCCAAAUUGGAAUUGCCUCAGGAUCACUUUCGAUGAGGAGUUGGCGCAAAAGAUGCUGUUUGACCCCCUAGAGAGGUUCAUGUGUGGUGGUGAUCCAUCUCAAGUUUACCAGAUGGUACGGCAACUAGACACGCCUCCUUCUCUGUGCGGUAGAGUUUUUAAAAAUGGAGAUCCCACGUACGGGUGCAGAGACUGCGGCAUGGAUCCCACAUGUGUUCUUUGCGCUGAUUGUUUCAAGAAUUCAGCACAUAGUAAACAUAGGUACAAGAUCAGCACAUCUUCAGGCGGAGGAUACUGUGACUGUGGUGACCGGGAAGCAUGGAAGAGUGAUGUAUUCUGUGAUAUUCACAUUAAGGGUCAAAUGGCCGAGCAGUCUAAAAAUCCUUUGGAAAUGAUCCCUCCUGAUUUGAUUGAAAGAAUCCAUUUGAUAUUUGACUGCAUUUUGCCUUAUGCUAAGGAAUUGCUUACCUAUGAGGAAGGCUUCUCAAUACCGAAGGAUCUGGAAAUCAGGGAACAGGACAGAGAACCUACCAAUCUCUCAAGCUUGUAUGAUAGCAAAGACACAUUUGUCACAAUGUUGUAUAACGAUGAGACACAUACCUAUGAUCAGGUUAUCAACACACUUGAGCGUGCCAUUGAUUGCUCACAGAAAGAUGCAGUAGCUUUUGCAACAAGUAUUGACAGAGAAGGUCGCUGUAUUGUGAGAUGCUCAUCCUUCCAACAGUGCUCUCAGACAAAGAAUGUAAUGGAAAAACAAACUUCAAGAGGAAGUGGACGGCCACUGAGAGUGCAGGUGAUGCCAACAUAUGUCAUAGCACACCAGAUAUUUGCAUCCAGACUGUUGACUUGGCUCCACAACAUCCUUGAAUCAGCUCAGGCUUUCAGGCUGAUCUUCAGUGAGAUUGUUAAUAGGGAUGGAGGAAGCAUUGUUGAAAAUAUUAUCUGGACUGACACUAAGAUGUGGAAGACAGCACGUGUGCAAUGGCAUAGACUAUUCAUCUCUGGCAUGUUGAUGGACCAGGAAAGCAAGAAAAUGUUUGCUCGAACAUUCACGAAAAACUACAGCAGAAUGAUGAAAGACUUCAUUCUGGAUGAUCAUGAUCAUGCAGUCUCUGUGGCCUCCUUGGGUGUACAGUUGUUCACUAUGCCCACCAUUGCUCACAUGUUGGUAGCAGAGGAGGAUGUGCUAGCUCGCUUGCUGAACACUUUCUUGUCAGAGUGUGAUAAGAAGCUGAAAGACAACAAAUUGGCUCUUGAACAAAGAAGCUCAAACACCUUGUCUUUCCGCCGCAUACAAUAUAUAUUGUAUGACCUCAAAUAUUUGUUGGGAGUAAAGCCAGAGGUGUGGACUCGCGAACUCCGCUGUGGUUUUCUACAUGGCUAUAAUCUCCUGCUCCGCCUUCUAAGCAUGAUGCAGGGCAUGGAUCCAAUGGUUCGGCAAGUAGGCACACACAUGGAAUACGAGCCAGAGUGGGAAUCGGCCUUUAAUCUCCACAUAAAGUUAGCUGCUGUCAUUCCUCUUGUUAUAGAAUGGGCAGCAUCAGAUCGCAUUGUACUUAUCAAGGCUUACAGACUGCUAAUGAAGUCCUUGGCUGAACUAUGCACUGAAGAUAUGAAGAGGAGAUACGUCAGAGAGUUGCUGGACUACUCUGUGUCCUGCAUUGAGUAUGACGUCUCCUCGGCGCCAGUGUCUAUCCACCUCCCCCUCUCCCGGCUGGUGGCAGGCCUCACGCUCCACCUGGACAAGUAUGGCCUGAACUACAACUCGCCUGAGUUCUUGGUGAAGGGAAAGCCGUCCCCCGAGGAGCUUAUGGAGCCAGUGCUGAGGACCCAGGUCAUGAUUGCACAGGUCCAUGCUGGAAUGUGGCGCAGAAAUGGCUUCUCCCUCAUCAACCAAAUCUACUUCUACCACAAUGUGAGGUGCAGGCAAGAGAUGCUGGAUCGUGAUGUGAUGCUGCUACAGAUUGCAGCCACAUUGAUUGACUCUAAUGAGUUUUUGGUGCACCUUCUGAACCGUUUCAACCUUAUAAGUUGGGCACAGGAGGACUAUGAAAUGCAGUAUCUUAGGGAUGAUGUUGAGGAUGGUUUAGAGGGUAAAGCGCACGCCACUUCCGCCACCCCCCACCGUGCCUUCCGGGUGUUUAAGCAAGUACACUUGGUGCUGGGGAAUUCAAGCAAGCUAGGUAAUGAUGAGGACAACAUGAGACAAACAGUUGUCCUGGUCGAGGAGUACCUGCAGCUGGUGAUGACCAUCGUGUCAGAGCGCUACACCCCCGGAAUCGGCCAGAUCGGCGAGGAGGAGAGAAUCAAGAAGGAGAUUAUCCAGCUUCUGAGCAUAGAGCCCAUGCCACACUCGGUACUUAACAAGGCUCUGCCCGAGGGAACCAACCACGAGACUGGCAUGGAGAAGGUGAUUGACAGUGUAGCUGAUUUUAAGAAAUCAUCCGGUGCAACCAAGGGCUUCUACGAGUUAAAGAAGUCGUACUACUCUCACUACAAUCUCUUCUUCUACCACUACACUCGGGAAGAACAGAGCAAGUCCGAGGUGGCGCAGAGAGCAAGAAAGAAGACUGCUGGUGAGGAGGAGUGCUGUCCACCACCUGUCCCUCCUGCAUUUACUGUACCUUUCACCAUGAUUGUCAACAUCCUCCAGUGUGAUGUUUUCCUUCACAUCCUGAAGACAGUUCUGAAGAGAAUGAUGGAUCUGAAAUCCCAGAGUGUUAGUGAGUCACAGCUACAGAAGGUCCUUCACCUGGUGGGGUAUGCACUUCAUGAAGAGGAGCGCUACUACCACAACAAUGACCCCUACUUCCACUUCACACGAAGGGCCCAGAAGAUCAGUCUGCUCGGUUUGCUUGAGGGUCUUGUCGGACACCCCAGAACCACCACACACAAAGAUCUCCUGGCAUGGACAAUCAGAAAGUACCACAGUGUGCUGAGUCUGUCAGCCUCUUCAAGCAAAGAGGCUCAAACAUCAGAGGCAGUGAUGGCUUCUACCUCUACCUCAGUUGCAGCUUCUGCCAGCUCUGAAAAGAAACGAAGGUCUGACAUUGCUGCACAGAGAAAGGCUCGCAUUAUGAUGAAGAUGGCAUCCAUGCAACAAAACUUCAUCAAGACCAAUGAAACGCUUUUCCAGGAAACCUCUUCAACAGAGCAGACAAAUGAUGUUGUCGAACCAACACCAAUGGACCUCACAGAACAGCUACCGGAGGACAUGAUAGCUAUUGGUCCUCGCCAGACCUUAGUGCAACCCCAAGAAGUUAGCCACACCUGCAUCCUGUGUCACCAAGAGGACCAGGUUGGCCGUGGUGAAGGCUCAACGGGCAGAGCAAUGGUGCUGGGGGCCCUCGUCCAGAGAUCGACAGUACUCUCUCGUAACAGAUCCCGGCGCUUGGAUCAGCCAGACAACCAUGACCCACUCUUACUCCCAGCUGACCUCUAUUGGGGCGCGCACACGUCCUCCUGUGGUCACACCAUGCACGCUCACUGCUGGCAGGAGUACUUCGAUGACGUGGUCAAGAAGGAGAGGAGGAAACCCUAUCGGUUCAGACAGAAUCUGAGCUUCGACAUUGAUAAAUCUGAAUACCUCUGCCCUCUGUGUGAGGCUCUGUGCAACACCGCCCUCCCCCUCCUUCCGAGCGUGACGACGACGGCAGUGAACCUGCGCAACCAGGACCCCCCCUCUGCCACCCCCACCAUCUCCCUCACAGACUGGAUCAAGGGCCUACAGACUAUUCUCAAGCAUAAGACUGUGGUGAUGUCAGGGUCUCAGCCCGAAGAGGGAGAAGGCAGCAGCUCCCACGAAGACCUUGACAUGGAUGCCUCCCUGCUCCUGGGUGUGGUUACAACCUCAGGUGCUGUGGUCACCCAUGGCACCUCGAGCUUGCCAGCCAUGUCAAGCCCAGUGGGGGCUGGUGGGGGGACCUCCAUACUGGUCAGUGGUGGAGGAGGAAGAGGAGGAGCUGCUGCAGGUGGUGGUGUUGGCUCAGCUGCCAUGCUCUUAAGGCAGCAGCAGAUAGAGGGUGACGGGGGACAGAGAGGGCGGUCCCUCAAGUGGUCCCGCCUCCAGCUCUACAAGAAACAUAAAAAGUCCGUUCAUUCGCAUCGUGAUGGGAAGGAAGAGGAGGAGGACACCAACUGUGUAGAAGGCACAUGGACGCCCCCAUCUCUCCCGUCGGUUGUGAUGGACCUCAUGUCCAUCACCUCUCCAGAAACGGCCGAGGCAUUCACCAACCUGUUCAGCAAUCUGGCAGCCACUACCAUCCCUGCAAUCCCAAGCUAUACUAUGAACAUGAUGUCCAACUUUGCACAUGCAGUCUAUGUGCAUGGUCUAGGUGUACACCCCAAUUUAUCAAGUAGACGUAUCCCACUAAUGGUCUGGGCCAGCGCUGCAUACACUAUCCUAACCCUGGAAGAGACGCAGCGUAACGCCAACCGUGCUCUCCUUACCUCAUUGUCAUCAAGGCAGAGAGACUGCCUCUCUGCCCUUAUUAGAUUUGCAGCCUAUGUUCCCCAGUGUGUCAAAAAGAAGCAGGCUAUUGAAAGUGCUAGUGUUCGUUUACUAAGUGUCAUCCUGGAGGGAGGAGAAACGGCUCCUUGCAUUUUGGAGUGGGAUUCAUUCAGUGCAUUAGUCACGCUCAGCUUGAGUUUGCCAUCUAUUUUCCCCAAAAUCUUGGGAAUGGCUGUUGGUUCUAUGCAGGAUCUGUACCUACUUCAAGUGUGUUUCCUGGCCCACUUGGUCCAGCUUCUCCUCACCUAUGAGAAGCAGAACCCAGUCUCAGAGAUGGAGGUAGAGGGCGAGGAAGAGGAGGGCGAGGAAGCACCCAAGGACAGUGCCGAGGAGAGUGGAGCAGCCACCGGCGAUGCUGAGUGGUUGGUGUCGAUGCUGGACCACUGCAGAAGAAUGGCCAGUCUGCCGCCCAUUGCCGUGCAGCCCCAGCGUCUCCUGGCAUACAUUAAGGAAAACUGCUUGCCAUUUUUGAGGUGCUGCGGCCUGUUCUUCCACUUCCUUACCGAGGUGCCAGCCCCGGAGGAGCUCCAGUCCUCUGUGUUUGUGUGGGAAUCGGAAUUCUACUGCCUCCUGCGCUAUUUGGGCUUGUCCAUAAACCAGCUGAGGCCCACAUUCGAUGAUCCAGCUCUUUUGGAACUAGUCAGUAGAUGGUGCAGUGACAGUCGUGUGCGAACUCUGGUCACCAGUGCUGGGAGUGAAUCCUGUGUUAAUUCAUGGACACGGAUCAACCAGCUGGUUAGCCUGCCACACGAUUAUUCUGAGCUGAUCAACACGGUGUCACAGUUUCCUUGUCCUGCAUCAUCCGGUGAUGACUCGCGUACUCCAACCAUGUGUCUAGUCUGUGGGAAGAUGCUGUGUUCGCAGAGCUAUUGCUGCCAGACAGAGUUCCCAGAAGGCUCUCGGGUGAUGGUGGGCGCCUGCACCUACCACGCCCAUUACUGUGGUGCAGGGACAGGAAUCUUCCUAAGGGUGCGUGAGUGCAAGAUCCUGCUCCUGUCUGGCAGAAUUAAAGGUUGCUUUGUGAGCCCCCCAUACCUGGACGAGUAUGGUGAAACAGACCAGGGACUGAAGCGUGGCAAUCCCCUACACCUGGAUGCCACACAAUAUUCGCGGUUGCAUGCCAUGUGGCUUUCACACUCCAUUCCAGACAUCAUCGCUCACACAGUAGAGAGCAAUUCUGGUGUUGUGCCGACAGAGUGGCAACACCUGUAACCUCUUCAUGAGUGGGGGGGGGGGGAGAAGAAAUAUAGAAAAGAAAAAUUGUGAGAGAGACUUAAGACAGAAAAGAGAAAAUGACAUUUAUUUUCUUCCAUACAAGAAAAAGAAAAAAAAAAAAGAGAUUAUGGAAAGGUUUCCUAUAAUUUUCGAGUGCUUGAAUGACAGUAGUACAGUAGAAAUUGCCUUUCUUACAAUUAUUUUUUCUCACAAUCUUGCUUAUGUUUAUAUGAAAAUUUAUUAGUUACACAUACAGAAAGAAAGAUGAGCCUCCAGCUCCUCAAAAGACACUAUAGAAAAUAAGUCAUUGUGUGUGCGUGUGUGUAUAUAUAUAGUUUAUCUUGAGCUACUCUACUAAUAAACUUGUUUCAACUUAGAUGUUUGCCAGGAUCUUUAAAUUUCUUAAGAUUAUAGAAUUUAGUUACAGGUGUGAAAAAUGUAGAAUGAAUUGUCUUCAACGGAAUUCUAAAGUGCUAUUUAAAUUGUCGUAGCAAAGAUUUAUGAGUAAAGAUGUAAUUAGAAGAAAAGAAAAAAAAAAAGUGAUAUAUUACAGAAACAAAAAUGUGAGCCAUGGUUCUUCCUUGGGGUUAAGCUAGAACUGUUGAAGGAAUCAAAAGAAAGAAAAAGCAAAAGAAAAAAGAAAAAACAAAAUGCUAUUCUAACAUGCCCAGAUUAUAGGAUUUGAUGCCAGUGAAAACAUUUAUUAAUCUGCUGAUCCUAACCACAGCCCCUGUCAAGCCUGUCUCAUUUUGACCUGUCAGGAGUGCUUGUUAUACAGUCCUCCAAAAGAGAUUUAGCUUUAAUAACAGAUAAUUUGUCUGAUAUACAAAAAAAAAAAAAUAUUGUGCUUGUUAUGACAUCUUUAGUAUAGAGUUUUAAAGUUAUUAAUGCAGAGUUUAGAAUUUUUUUUAUUUUUAUUUUUUUUAUUUUUUUAUUUUUUUGUGUGUGUGUGUGUUUGGUUGAACUAGAUGCUAGGCAUAGUAUGUGCUAUGUCAGUUCUUUUCUCAUAUAUAUGCAUACAUGACACAUGCAAACAAACAUGCACAAUCACAGACACUUGCAUGCACACACAUGCACAUACACUCAAUGUGUAUAUAAUAUUCAACAAUGUUGUAAAUGUAUAUAGACAUUUUAAUUUGGUGAUUAUUAGUUACAAUUUCAUUGUAGUAAUUAUUAAAGGUAAUGUCAGAUCAUGGUGGUAACUCAGCUUGAGAGAGAAAGAGAGAAAGAAAAAGGAAAAAGUGUUCAGGUCUACAUAGCUACUUUUUGUAUCCCCAAACAGAGGCACCAAAGAUAGGCAGUUGGAGAGUGCCAUGGAAUCUCUUUUACUGUAUACUAUAUGGAAAGACUCUAACUAUUUUUAUCAUUAUGAUUGUUGAUAUUAUUAUUAUUAUUAUUAUUAUUAUUGUUAUUAUUUUUUUUAUAUUAUUAUUAUUAUUAUUAUUAUUAUUUUUAUUAUUAUUAUUGUUAUUAUUAUUAUUAUUAUUAUUAUUAUUAUUAUUAUUAUUAUUAUUAAUCAUUAUCAUCUUCAUUAUUAUUAUGAUAUUGAUUAUUAUUAGUGUGGUGCAGUGCCAUAUCUAAUGUAACAUAGCAAAAAAAAAAGAGAGAGAGAGAGAUAGAUCCUGUGGCCAGUACAGUGAACAGAAGAGCAAUGCACUGCCAGGAUUAAGAAUCCCUAAGGAGAGGUAAAGCAAGUGUCAUAUAAGGGCCAAAAGCAUACAAUGGUAACCUGUGAUCUAGCCCGGUUAAUGGAUACAGCUGUUAUUGAUUCUUUUGCACAUAGAGUUUUGUUAUUAUUAUUAUUAUUAUUAUUAUUAUUAUUAUUAUUUGAUAAUUGAAAUAUUUUAAUUGUUUAUAAUUUUAGUUGCUAAUUGCUAUUACUGGUAAUUGACAUUAAUAUUGAUAUAACAGCUGUUGUUAUUGUUAUUUCAUUAUAAUUAAUAUUAUUAUUAUUAUUAUUAUUAUUAUUAUCAUUAUUAUCAUUAUUAUUAUUAUUAUUGUCCUUAUUAUUAUUGUCAUUAUUAUUAUUAUUGAUAAUGUUAGAAUAUUAGAUAUAUUUGUAAAUUUCUAUAUUUGAUAUUUUAGAAUGUAAAUGAUGAGUGGGUAUUGUUUGUAGUAGGAUAUUUAUGCAGAUUUUUUUUUUUUUUUUUUUUU